GUCAUGAUACAGAAUCAUGGAUCGGUGCUGUUAAUAUGUGUAAAUUGUUUGGCGGAAACCUGGUCAAUAUAGAAACUGCGACUGAAAAUAGUUACUUAGCAGCUACUGCAAAACUUCGUGGACACUACUAUUGGAUUGGACUAACUGAUGCGCAAGAGGAAAGUAUAUGGCGUUGGAUUUCAAAUACAGGCAAACUGGUAUACAGAGGAUAUUUCAACUGGGCUUCCGGAGAACCAAAUAACCGUGGGUCUGACGAAAACUGUGCUACAAUAAGCACUUCUGGAUUUUGGAACGAUAUCCCAUGUUAUAAGAAUGCUCAUUACAUUUGCGAGGCUGACAACAGUGAGGAAACCAUUGUUGGCUAACUCGACGGAACACGGGACCAGAUUUAUUGGAUUCGGAUUACCUUUCGUUUGAUACAAGCUUAAAGUGUACGAUUCUGUUUCUAUGUUUAAUUCGUUCGUCACACUGUUAAAACUUGGAAUAAUAUUUUAUUUUUCAUACCAGAGGAAACUUAUCCAUUGGAUAUGAACUAUUCUUUUGUUCUACUCCUCAUUAUAUCGGAACCUCGUUAUAUAAAGGCAAACAAUUUAAACAGACGUUUUGUUAAAAAACCUUUAGGGUUUUAUUGUAUUGAUUUAACCUAACCUUCCCAAAAUAAAAUAUGAAAAAGUAAAGUUAUAUUCCUUAUAUCAAACAUUGUUGCCAAGGCAUCUGUGACAUUUUGAAGAAUGCAAAUUAAAGAUGCACCAUAAUACAUGUACAUCAUUAAUACAAAUAACAAUGUGAAUGUGUAAGAUAAUGUACUAUAUAUUCUUAUUAUCCAGAAACUACAUUCCUGGCAUUGUGCUUUCAUAUCAUUUGCGAAAAAAUCUAGGUAACCGCAUAGGAUUUUAAAAAAUCUAGUUAACCACGCAAUAAUUAUACAAUUUGGUUAAUAUGAAUCACGUAGCAUUUGAAAAUCUAGUUAGCCGCGUAGUAUUUAAACAAAAUCUAGUUAAGCACGUAGUAUUUAUAAAAUCUAGUUAAC